UGUGAUCACGAAUUCUUUUGAGCACCAAUAAGCUGCCUUACCUCUAUCCCAAUUACCACGAAUUCACUCAGCUGCUGUGUAUCAGCUUCCUUUCCCAGCCUGGAAAGCAUCUCUCAUCCACUCUAUCCUUGAAACCAAUCAUUCUCUCCUACUCAGCGGACUUAGUUUUCCGCUUCUCGGGAGUGUCGUCGCACCGGUAAAGCAGCCCGGCUGGUGGUGCAGCCCGAAUGGAGUCCCUCGUCGCGUCCCCACCCCACGUCACGUCGCCGGCUGUCCUCGCUUCGCUCCACUCAACACGCGCCUCCACGUCCCGGCGAUUACCUACGGCCACCCUCCCUAACUCCUCUCGACCCAUCCAUCUUCCAUCUCCACACCAACGACGAUUCAUCGCGUCCCUCUCCUCGUCCCACGCGAUCUCUUCCUCCUCCUCGCACCUGAUGUCGAGUCCCCUCCUCUCUCGCGACUCCACAGCCGUCCGUCGCCGCCAAUCCGCCUCCCCAAAAUCCGCGCGGCUCGACGUGGUUGCGGCGGCAACUGUGACGCGACCCGCAGAGAGCGCGUCCGACGACUCCGCGCGGAGCAACAGCAGCAGCAUCCACGAUGAGCAUCAUCAUCAUCAUCACGAGCACGAGCACUGCGCGGUGAAGGCGUUGGAGGAGCAUCGCCACUUAAGCGAGGAGGACUUUGCGCAGCGAUGGGUCGCACAGAAGCGUCGCAUCGUGCUCUUCGUCGAGCCCUCGCCUUUCGCGUAUGUGUGCGGGUACAAGAACCGGUUCCAGAACUUCAUCCGCUACCUGCGCGAACACGGCGAUGAGGUGCUAGUGGUGACGACGCACAAGGGCGUGCCGGACCACUUCCACGGCGCCAAGGUCGUGCCGUCGCUCAGCUUCCCCCUGCCGUUCUAUCCCAUCCUGCCGCUGUCCCUGGCGCUGAGUCCGCGCAUCCUCAAGGCCGUCAAGGACUUCAAGCCUGACGUCAUCCACGCCACGUCACCCGGGAUCAUGUGCUUUGGCGCGCUGGUCAUUGCGAAGCUGCUGAGCCGCCCUCUGGUGUUCUCGUACCACACACACGUGCCCGCCUACAUCCCCAUGUACACGUUCACCUUCCUCAUCGCCCCCAUGUGGGCUGUCAUCCGCUUCGUGCAUCUAGCGGCGGAGGUCACCCUCGUCACUUCCCACGCGCUGGGCCAAGAGCUGCUCGAGGCUGGCGCCUCCGCUGCGGAGCGAGUGUGUGUGUGGAAGAAGGGCGUGGACUGCGAAACCUUCCACCCGCGCUUUGCCUCGCACGAAACACGCUGCAUGCUCACGGGUGGCGAGCCCGACAAACCUCUGAUAGUGCACGUGGGGCGACUGGGCGCUGAGAAGAACCUUGAGAUGCUCAAGCCCAUCUUGGACCAGCUGCCCGGCACGCGCCUGGCGUUUAUAGGGGACGGCCCGCACCGGCCGACCCUAGAAAAGCUCUUUGAGGGCACGCCCACCGUCUUCACAGGCAUGCUCUCCGGCGAGCCCCUCUCCGCCGCCUACGCCUCCGGCGACGUCUUCAUCAUGCCCUCUGAAACCGAAACCCUUGGGUUUGUGGUCCUAGAAGCCAUGGCUGCUGGCGUGCCUGUGGUUGCUGCGCGCGCAGGUGGCAUCCCGGACAUUAUCCACCAGGACGGGGUGACGGGGUUCUUGUUUGAGCCGGGGAACGUGGAGGAUGCGACGGGGAAGGUGCGGGCGCUGCUGGAGUCGAGGGAGCUAAGGGAGACGGUGAGGGCGGCUGCGAGGGAGGAGGUGGAGGGGCUGGAUUGGAGGGCGAGCACGAUGGGCGUGCGCGAUGUGCACUAUGCCACAGCUGUGCAGCAGUUUCUGAGGAAGAGGGAGGCCAAAGAGUGGCUGCCGUGGUGGGUGAAGGGACGCGAGUGGGCGUGCUUGGUCAAGAGCCUGCUGGGAAGGGGGGAGGAGGGAGGGCAGGUGCAGAUGGCGUGAGGAGCGCGAUGGGCAGAGGGAGUUGAUCAGUGUGAGCUGCAUGCGUUGCGUUGCGUGCUUGCAUGUGGAGCGGCAUCAGCAGCAGCAGCAACAGCAGUGCUGUCUUGUUGUGGAGGGAGCAGGGGGGUGCCCAGGAGGACUUACACACCCUUAUUGCGGUCCACAGGAAGGAAGUCUCUUGCGGAUUCCCUCUCCUGCUUGCUUUUGUGCUGGACUGACCCUGGUCAUAAUAACGUUACCAUAUUUCACUAGAUACAGCCCCACUGGAGGAUUACAGACCCCACAACUCUUCCCCCCAUAAACUGAUGCAAUUUCCAACUAUGCAAUUGGCACGUGUUCAUAAUGAGCCAAAGGGCUGGACACUGGGAAUGUUAAAUUAUAUAUUUGAUAUAUGUAAUGGUAGGCUUGGUAGGUGUUACUGGAUCCUACUGUAGAGGGUACAGCCCCCCUUCUUGUAUUCCUUCUAGUCCAACCCUCUUCUCU